ACCUUCGCAGGUCAGCCUGUUCCCGCCGCCGUGAUCACGUUCUCGGGCUAUCCAGGUGGCGUGUCCUCUGGCGAUGACUUCUUCCUCACCAGCACCAACUUGGCGGUGCUAGGCACAGGCGUCCGUAACCAAAACAGCCACUUGUGGAGCCGGCUGACUCCCAACAACAGCGUACCCUCGGCCUUCCGCAGCCUGGCGGCCUCUAGACUCGCGAGGAGCGCCAAGGAGUGGAUCCACACGUACUCCAGAAGCAGCGCAGGAACUGGGAACAGCCAAUGGACCGUAAUCGACUACAACUUAUUCAAGCGAAAAAUGAAGAAACUACCGCAAGACUUUGUGUGGUAUCACGAAGAGCUACCCAGAGGGUACUCCGUGUCGGCUGACGUCACUUCUGUAGUGGACAACCAGGGCUAUUGGGCGUCGUACAAUAUUCCGUUCUUCCCUACCAUCUUCAACGCAAGCGGUAUGGCAAGCCUGGCCGCCGAGUACGGCGACUGGUUCACCUACGACAGGUGUCCGCGUGCGCUGAUGUUCAAGAGAGGCUUCAAGGACCCGAGUGACAUAGAACGAGUUUUGGACUUUGUCAGGUACAACAACUACGAGAACGACCCGCUGGCCGUGUGUGCCGCGUGCAGUCCCAAGUACAAUGCCGAGAACGCCCUGUCUGCACGGAGUGAUCUGAACCCAUCGGUGGGUCGGUACCCGUUCUUCGAGAUGGGCCUGCGGCCGCACGGAGGCACCGACGCUAAGGUAGUCAAUUCGACGAUGAUGGCUCACCACAGCCUGUGGACCCAGUGCGGCCCAACCUGGUACGAGAAACAAUCCUUCUCCUGGAGCGCAUCACCAUUCGCGUCUGUGCCGCAUGUUGGACAGCCGGACGACUGGCGCUUUCCACCUGCCCUUAAAGAGUGGCCCGAUCACGUGACGUUGAACACCACAGAGUUACCCUCCUUCCUAUGAAAGCUGUGAGCCUGCCAUCACAGAAUUUGUAUAAUUUUCUUUGGUUCACUACUUGGCGAAUGAUAAAUUUUGUAAUGAUAAAUAAAACAACCUGCAA